AUGCGUUUGGUGAGCCAUGAUAAACAGCAUAAGGUCAUGCAUGCUGUCAUUAUCGAUUUCGAUUAUUCUAGCGAGCUCGCAUGGUACGACCGACCCAAAGAGCAAUUGUUAGAAGAGAUAAAAGAUUCGACAGACUGUGGUGUUGAUGUCAUGGGGAGGAUUCAUAGCGUAUCCAGAGUCUGCUCUAAUAGUCACUGGGAUGAGAUCCAGGGCGAAACAUACUGCACCGUUGAAAGAAUGUAUGACCUUGAGCAAGGGAAAAAUAAUCUCAUUUGGUUGCGAGGGAUGCUAGAGUAUUACUGGCAAAAUGGCGUUCAAGACGAGGGUAUGAUAUUUCUUCACAAGGCAGGUUUCAUUACUACCUAUAGCAACCUGGAUCGAAGGGUGGCAUCCUUUGCACAAUCGUUACGCUCUUGGGCUUGCAGCGGUACUCUUGGCAGCGCUGACAAUCCCGAGCGUUAUUCUUUAAAAUUGGUCCACCCUUCUUGUCCGAUUAUUCCUAACGAUCCUGUCUUUCGUGUUCCUCUCUUCACCUCUCGCCUCUUCCUCUUCCAUGCGCUCAUGCAUGGCAAAGCUAUCGAACAGACGAUGGGACAUUCGGCUGCACACUACAAACAGAUGGAGGAAGAAUUUGAUGUUUUGGAUCUCACCCAACGGAUCUACGCGGACAGCAGUGAGGGUCUGCUGGGCUGGGUCAAAGACCUAUGGUAUCAAUAUUGCCAAUUCACUGAAAAGGAUCCUCUCAUCACCCUCCAAAGGAUUUCGAUCAAUGUGCUCUACGCCUUCUUCGACUGGCUCCUCUCCGUUCGUAAGGAUCGCGUGGGUGCGGUCAGCACUCUGCAAAUAUACUGGAAUGCGUUUUACCUGGUGCGAAAGAAUGAGACGGGUUAUCAAGCCAUCGACCCCCUCAUCAAGAGUCAGAUGCACGGAGUACGAUCGAAGCCUUUCACAUGUCGUUCCGCUAGAUCCGGACCAAAGAAAGCGACGACAGCGAGCUCUAAGGACUCGUUUAUGGGUGUAGGCUAUGUAACAUCCACAUAUGUAACCAUAUAG